GCGCGAGUUCGGUUCGGUUAGGUUUUGGCUCCGGUGCGACGUGGUGGAAAAGGAUUCGUUUACUCCGGUUUGGAGGCACAAACGGACAACCGCAACGGCGUUGUUUGUCGCAGUCCAUUUUCGGCGGAACGGAAACCCGCGAAGGAUUACCUAUUGAUUCCUAACAUAAUGGGAUGUGAUUACAGUGAUGAAUGAGAUAUGAAAUAAACAUAUCGCUUUCGGAUAUGUAAACAACCGUCACCGCCAAACGACACAGCAGCUUUAAUUUCAUAUCACAGAUUAGUGUCAAUUACGUGCAGGAGGAAGAGUCUUUAAAGUUGGAGUGAUUUCAGUGACCCGGGUGGAAUACAUACUUGUGCCGAAAAUGUCCGACCAAACAACACUGAACAGUUCACUGUUGGAGUUCUUGGCAGGACCAGAGGAUUCUAACAACAGUGUCAGUCUUCUGAAGGAUUCCGGCUACCGGAAUUUUACUACAGCAGUACAUAAAUCAUUGGCGAGCCAUCUUAUCAUCGGUUCGUCCUAUCUGUUCGGCUGCGUCGGAAGCCUGAUUGCAUUGAUAUAUCUCUGGCAGAGGAAGAACGUCCGGAAUACCAAGCAUUCCUUAAUGCUAAAAUGUCUACUCACCAACGACCUCAUCGGAUUAACUGGCAUGUUUGUCCAGAUGUACUUACAGAGUUAUCUACCGAAACAGCUCAUCAAAGAGAAUAUGCACCAUUUUUGCAUCUUCCGUGUAAUUUGGCGCGUGUUCGGUAUCAGCUCCGGCUGCGUCGCAUUCGUCAUGGCACUCGAACGGUACAUUGCCCUGACGAAGCCGUUCUUCUAUCACAAGCAUGUGUCUGACAAAAUGAUUAAGAGAUCGAUUUUCCUACUCUGGGCAAUCGGGGCCUUCUUCACAUUCCUCCCGCUGUUCGGUUUCGGAAUCUACUACGACGAACGAGAGCAAGUUUGCAUCAGAUACCGGGAAGCCACGGAACCGACGGAUGUCGCCUACGCCUAUCUAUUUUUCGCCGUAGGUAUAGUUCUCUGCACCGGUAUUGUAAUCUGUAACCUGAGUGUUCGGAAGGUUCUGUACAAGUCGCACCACAAAAUGCGCCGCCAAUUCCGCUCAAUUCAGCCAACACCCAUGUUGGAACGGUCCACGACGCGUAUAUCACAGAAAUCGGCCAGUUUCACCGAUUCGUCUAUCUUUCGGAUGGUAGGCGAACCCACGACCGAGGAAAUUCGAUUCGCCAAACUUAUGACCUUCCUCAGCAUCAGUUUCCUGGCCUGUUGGCUUCCCCAGAUGGUUUCAAUACUGCUGGCCCAGCUGCUGGAUGAAAAAGUUCAAACCCGGUUCAAUUGGUUUUUCCGUCUCUCGGACAUCCUGAUUUUGCUACAUUUCAUGCUGGACCCGUACAUCUACGUGCUGCUGAGGCAAAGUGGUCGGAGUGACUUGCGGACUAUGAUCCGGUACGUGUUCAGUCGGGAUCAGUUCAACAUCGUGGAAACGGCCCUCAGCCCCAUACAAAAAACAACCAACUCGUCGCCUCUGCCCUAAGUCAAAACAACAAAAAAACAAACCUGCACUAACACAAAAAACCCAACCCAAACCGAAAUCCAAAGUCAAGACUGCUUGUUUUACGCUUUGUCUCCCCUACCGCAGGUUGGCGUGGCCGUCGCGCAAAGCCCCCGCAAAGGAUAAAGGACGGGACACGGUAACCACAACAGACACGAGUGAUUAAGGAGGAAGGAUGCCUUCCCGAGGGUUAUAUUCCUUUUGAUUUUUUGUUAACUGAUUGGAAUAAUCCGUGAAAGACACUUUAACGUGUGGCAUAUUUUGAUACUUUCGUAUACAUUCCACAAAAUAUUUGGCUUGUUUAAAGACCAAGCUGUGCGUGGAGCCUGAAAAAAUAACAAAGAUGUAUUUUUGAAUGUGAUCGAACGUUGUUAAACAACGGCUAUAAAGUUAUCGAAUAAAAAAAAACAAAUUAUUUAAA